GCCUCACUCCAAUCACAGUGCUAUAAGGUAGUCUUCAUUCGUCAUGGUGAGAGUGAAUACAACCAAGAAAACAGAUUUUGUGGGUGGGUGGACGCCGAUCUCUCAGCCAGAGGGGAAUGCGAAGCAAAGCAAGCAGGUCAGAUGAUCAAACAACGAUCAAUGUGUUUCGAUGUUGCAUACACAAGCCUCCUAACUCGUGCUAUUAAGACAUGUCAUUAUGUGCUUGAGGAACUUGGACUAUUAUGGAUCCCAAUACAUAAGACAUGGCGUUUGAAUGAACGAAUGUAUGGGGCGCUUCAGGGUCUUGACAAGGCAGAAACCGCAGUGAAGCACGGCGAGGCUCAAGUGAAACUUUGGCGCCGCUCUUAUGACAUUCCGCCACCACCGCUCGACAUUACUGACUCCGGUCACCCACUUCGUGAUCAGAGAUACGCUCUUCUAGAUUCGAGCGUCAUUCCAAAGACCGAAAGUUUGAAAAACACUGUGGAUCGCGUUCUCCCAUUUUGGUUUGACGAAAUCGUUCCAGCCGUUAAGGCUGGAAAACGUGUUCUUAUUGCAGCGCAUGGCAAUAGCAUUCGGGCCCUGAUUAAGUAUUUGGAGAACGUUUCUGACAAGGACAUCGUUGAGCUG